CCAGAAAUGUGCGAGACUUUUCUCAGUGUACUCGCGUGUUCACUUGCCAACUCGAUACUAAAAUUAAGUACAUGCUAACAACAAAAGAAUCGCCGUCCGUGUCGGUUCUUGUGAGAGAUAUGUAUUCUUUGCCAAUGUCAUUAAGCUGUCAUUGUCAAAAUUGAAUAAAUGUUUUAUUUAUUCAAUUCCGUUUGAUUUGUUAUUAAGAAAUACUAAAAUGUUUAUACAAAAAUGUUCAUAAUUUUUGAAUACGUGCACUUAUUUUUACUUAAACAAUAUGCAAAUAUCAAUUAGACGUCUAAUAUAACCUCUAGGUGUGAUAGAAUCAAGUUUGAUUUAUUGAUUCAACAGAAAUGUUAAAGGCAAACUUGUUUACUUAAUAUUUUUUUUAAAAGAAAUGUUUAAUAUUAAAAAACAUGGUACUCAGCACAGAGUGGUCCCAAGUAGAAGUAAUUGAUCUUGUAAAUGACGGUUCUGGUCUUGGAUUUGGUAUAGUAGGAGGCCGGAGUACAGGGGUAGUUAUAAAGUCUAUUCUUCCGGGAGGUAUAGCCGAUAAAGAUAGCAGGUUGCAAAGCGGAGAUCAUAUUCUUCAAAUUGGAGAUAUUAAUUUAAGAGGUCUUACUGCAGAUCAAGUUGCCACUGUCUUAAGGCAAGCUGGACAUCAGGUAAGAAUGGUAGUGGCUCGAUCUGUAGAACCAACUUCAGAUUUUUUAUUAUAUAACUGCUCAGCACCAAUUGUUCCUACUAAGAUAUUAACCGAUCCAGAAGAAUUAGAUAGGCAGUUACUUCAAAAUGGUUAUACAUCAUCUUUCUUUCAAUAUGCAGAAGCAUUGCAGCAGGUUGUGAAAAGUGAAUCAAUUCAAGACCAACUAGAAUUAUCCCUAAAGACUUUAACUGCAAAUGGUUUGACUGAAAAAAUUACCAGUGAAAAGGCUACUCCAACUUCCUUUAACGGAUUGUCGCCUGUAGACGUGUGUCCGACAAAACAGGGAAUACUCGCGGUUGUUACUCCAACUACUCCCAUUAUUCCAAUUACUCCGCUUACUCCACUGACACCUGUGACACCAGUUACUCCUAUUGAGGUUGAUAAUCAUAGUUCAGAUACUGAAUCAGAAACGGAGCAAAUAGUUGUUAAAUUGGUAAAGGAUGACUAUGGAUUAGGUAUAACAAUAGCAGGCUAUGUUUGUGAAAAAGAAGCACUAAACGGAAUAUUCGUGAAAAGCCUCCACGAACAGUCCGAAGCCUUUAAGUGCGGCAAAAUCAAGGUAAACGAUCGAAUUAUCGAAGUCGAUGGAACAUCUUUAGACAACUGUACCAAUCAUGAAGCAGUUAAGAAACUAAAAGAGACGGGCGAUGAGGUGAAUAUCACUUUUGAAAGGUACCUUAGCGGUCCGAAGUACGAGCAAUUACAAGAGGCGAUCGCCGAUAGGGAGAGGAAUAAAGAAAUUAGUCCUGCCUCGCCAUCGGUAACGUUAAGUUGGAUUCCUAUAGAUAAUACAGAAGUAAAGGACGAUCCCGAUAUAUCAUCUCUUAAUAGUAUAAAUAGCGUAACCUCUGAUCCAAAUCCUGAAACGAGGGAGAUAUUUAUUGAAGAAAAUUUCGAAGCGAAUCUAGAAGAGGAUCUUGAAACAGUUAUCAAAUAUAAGUGGCAAGGUCUUAUUGGCGACGAAGCUGAUAUAGUGGUUGCUAACUUAACUAAAUUAAAAGGAUUAGGAAUAAGCUUGGAAGGUACUGUUGAUGUGGAAGGAGGAAUAGAGCUACGACCGCAUCAUUACAUUAGAUCUAUAUUACCGGAAGGACCUGUUGGUCAAAAUGGCAAGCUUCGACCUGGAGAUGAACUUUUAGAAGUAAAUGGCCAGAAGUUGCUGGGUAUACGACACGUGGAGGUAGUCAAGAUAUUAAGGGAACUUCCUAACGCGGUACGGCUCGUCUGUUCAAGGGAGCACAAAAACAACAGGGUGAUAAAUACUUCUCAAGACAGAGAAGCGUUCGAAGCUAGGAAUAUACUGGGCGGUAGCUUGAAAAACCUUUUACUCCAACCAGAACAAAAGUUGUUAAAAGCAUUAAGUGAUACUAGUCUUAAUACUUCCAGUUCUGUGACUACAGAGGACUCCAGUCUGCAAAAGGCAAAAUCUCGUUCACUAGAAGUAACCAAUGUAGCCAUGUGGUCGGAAGAAAUAGAAUACAUUGACCUGAAAAAAACGGACAGAGGUCUGGGAUUUUCGAUACUAGAUUACCAAGAUCCGUUGGAUCCCAGAUCUACCGUUAUCGUGGUGAGGAGUUUAGUGCCGCACGGAGCCGCCGUGGAAAAUGGAAAGUUAACUCCAGGCGACAGGCUGAUCAGCGUCAAUGGAAUAGUUAUUAAAAAUGUCACAUUAGAUCAAGCGGUGCAAGUGCUAAAAGGUGCACCUUUGGGUCCUGUACAAUUAGGUAUAUCUAAGCCUUUAUCUAGUCGUAAAAACAGCGAUACUAUAAGUAGUCUGAGUGGAGCAUCCUAAGACGGUAGGAACACAUAACGGAAAGCUUUACAUUUCGUUGUGAGUAGGGUAUAUCUGUAUUUUAAUCGCCAAGGUUCAAAUUAGAAAAUAUUAAGUACUAAAAAUAUCUAAAAUAUCUAUUUUGUCCUUUUGAAUCGUGGGGCUGGACAUUGUCGGAUGCUUACUUUACUUUAUCGUGUCUGGACAUGUCAUUCAUAGAAUUUCGGCUCAGUAUCGGGCUAUGUCGGUUCCAUCUUUGUUGGCGAGUCACGAGCCACAAUUCUUCGAGGGUACACCGAUGAGGAUAGUUUCUGCGUGUAAGAAGAUGUUCCAUAUUCUGUAUUUCUCUACAAUCAUAGUUCAUAUCAUCUUGGUCUAUUUUCCCCAUUUUACCAUGUUUGAUUUUACUGGAGCGACCACCAUUCUUAUCCUAUUCAUAGUUUUCCUCAUUUUAAAGUCAAGGAAUUGACCGGUCCAUUGAACCUGGGUCAGAGGAAUAUUCUCAUUCGGUUUAUCCUGCACUAUUCCAAUGAAGCUUUUCCUGGAUUUUCCCGCUAGCUUCCUGAGUAUGCUGUUCCUAGUUGUUAAUUUUCCUCUCAUUUUUAUGCAAUGAUAUAUAGGUUGGUAUGUGUGUUCUAGUGUAUUACCAUUCCACGCUAUUACCAUUUGGAGUUUUCGCUUGGCUUCCUUUGCGCGAAGGUGGAAGGCGCAGACUUGGGUGUUAGAUGAAUUUGGUCUACAGGUAGUACGAUGUCAUUGUUUUUAAGGCAGUCACUUCCCUGUGGGAGGUCGUUCUUUUGAACUCUCCAUUUACUUACUUUACUUUCCAGCAUGACGAGAAAACGUCUGUUUUGCAGUAAAGAAUAUACGACCUUACCUAGAUUGUGAUCAUUGCGUACAAUUUGUGAGCAAUGUUUUGUGCUUCUAGUGUGUCAUAGGCUGCUGUCAAAUCUACGAGAACAGCCCCUCUUUUUUCGAAGCCCUUUUCAAUGUGUUCUGUUAGUGCGAGGGCGAGGACUUGACCGGUGCAGGAUUUGCCAGGUCUGAAUCCUCCUUGUGGCGGAAUGAGGUGUUUGUUGAAUUUUUUUUUUUUUUGAAAAAUGAAGUUUGAAAAAUAGGUCUGUAGCUACUGGGAUUUUCUGGGUCCUUUCCUGGAUUUAACAAGGCUAUUACUGUAGAUUUUAUCCAAGAUUUUGGAAUUUUGCAGCUUUCAUGUAGAAUUUCGUCGAACUAAUUCUUUUCUUUUCCUUUACUGUCAUCAGUGGGGACAUAUAUUCAUAUUACUAAAUAUGACUAAAUAGCAUCCUUCUGUGUUUUGGGCUGCUAGAAAAGCUAGACCCUGGCGAAUUAUUAAUCUGGCUUGAUCCACUUCUGCUCGUAUUCAUAUUUAUAUCGUAUAAAUUCAUAUUAAUUUCUAAUUCUGAUUAGAAAAUUCGCUAGAAAACCUCUAAAUGUAUUGAUAUCUGUUGUUAGAGUAUCUUAGUGACACAUUUGCCAUAUAAAAGAUAUUAUUUUCUUUAAAAAUGUUACAUUUACCCCAAUAACACAUAUCACUAUCUAAAUAAUUAUAAAUUAACCUGACAUAACCUAAAAAUUUUUCAGUAAAAUCCUUUAUAAAAGGUAUAUAUUUAAAAUCCCUAAAAAGAGCUACAUCACAAUCACAUGACUAGUUUUCGAUUGGUUUAUCAAUCAUCAUCAGUGCUUACCUAAAAAGAAUAGAACCUGGUAAAAUAAUGCAAAGAUUUUGAAAUUUUGACUACGGUUAAGAAAAGUUGUAGGUUAUACUCACGUGAAAUUUGCAUGCUAACCACCAAGAUAUAAUUUUACAAAAAUAUGUGGGUCAAAGCCCUGUACGAGUAAUCCGUCUCAAGGAAACAUCGGUUGAAAAUGCUAACUUAAGCAUGAAUGUUUAAAGUAUUUUACUAAUAUGCCCCAGGUAACAUCUGAGCUGUGGUUAGACAUGUUCACAUGGUGAAAGUAUGGCAGCAAGUGACAAUGAAAUGGAUAGAGACUUCCGAACUAUGACAUGACAGAAUUGACAGUUUCACAGGAAGUUGAAAAAUUAAUUUAUAAUGAACAGAAAAUAGCUUCAGAACAACAUUGAAAAAUUAACCUGUCAUAUUUAAAGACUAUGGUGUACAGCUAGUUAAAAUUAGAAAUGAUGUAACAACACUCCCUCGAUUGUGAAAAAUAAUCAUUUAAAAUUCAGUAAACUAGAUGUUGUAGUUAAAAAUGUAUUCACGUAUAUUGUCAAUGGAGGUGGAUAGGCAAACCACAUUACACAAAUGUUUGCAUUCGAGAACUAAAGUCAGUAAUCAAAUCUUGAUGUCAAGAAACCUAAGAUUUAAAAAAGCAAUUUUGUGUUGAUUUAAAGUUAUCGAAUUUAUUUAACUUAUUGUUAGCUGUUGGAAUGUGUGUAAGUUUAAAAAAGAGAUCACAAUGGAGGUGACCGAGGUGUAAAAAGGUUUUAAAUAAUCUAGGGGGAUGUAUCAUUAAGAAAGCACAAGCUCAAACUAAGGCGACUAAUUCCCAAAGACCUCGCAGGCUGCCCGGAUCCCUGAGGGUCCAAAAACCAAAACCGUCACAAGAUGGCAGUAGGGUCUGUGGGGUAUGAAAUGUCUGUGAGGAAAUUAAUGAGAAAGGAACAUGAACGGAACCCAGAAAGAAAAUUAGACUUUUGAUUAGGUUUUACUAUAGAUGAGUGUUAUAACACGGUCAUGAGGUCUUUGGGAAUUAGUCGCCUUAGUUUGAGCUUGUACUUUCUUAAUGAUACAUCCCCCUAGAUUAUUUAAGACAUUUUUACACCUCAGUCACCUCCAUUGUGAUCUCUUUUUUAAACUUACACACAUUCCAACAGCCAGAGCCGGAUUUAAGGCAGUGGAGGCCCCUGGGUAGAAUUGUUGUGGGGGCCCUACGUCCUACCAUUAAAAAAAUGUUGAUUUAUUUUUAUAAAUAUCUAUAUUUUUAAAUACAGUAAAAUUUAAAAUUAAAAUUUGUUGCAGUAAAAUAUUAAAAAUAAACAUAGUAGGAUAUAGGGUUGAAGUCCGGAUACUUACAUCGUGUUCAAUGCUCAUUAUAGAGAGAUGAUUCAAACGCUCUUGACCCAUCAUAGACCGAAGUCAAUUUUUAAUUAACUUGAGUUUUGAGAUUUUACAUCUCCCCACUACAGUUAGUUGGUAUCAGAAAUAUAAACGAAGUAUCACCUCAACAUUUGGAAACCCAUUAUUCACAUUCUUUUCUUCUAGCAAUCGGUACAUUUAAAGUGAUUUGCUUAUAUUUAAUGAGCAGAUAUCCUCUUUGAAAAAUUAUACAAAUUGUAUUAGUUCGACACCUAGGAUUUCAUCUAAAUCAUUGCUACAGAUGUCAGUACCUAAGAUAGCUCUGAAGCUAAAUGAUGUCUUCUUCUUCAUGUGCCGUGCUUGAUUAUCGAGUAUUGGCUAUCAAAUUGGCUAUAGUAAUUUUGUUCACAGCAGCUCGGAAAUGGGAUGUAGAGGGUCUGUUAAACCAUUCUCUCAGGUUUUUAAGCCAUGACGUUCUUCUUCGACCUGCCCUGCUUCUUCCGUUUACCUUAGCUUGUAUUAUUAAUUUAAGUAUAUUAUAAUAUCUCUCUGGGUGUCGCAUAACAUGGCCAAAAUAUUGUACAUAUAAUAUGCAUGACCAAAAUAUAUCAAAAUGAUGUAAAAAUCCAAAAUUGGAAUGAAUGCAUUUAUAUGCAGAAAGCCUCUGACUUAAAGAGGUAAUGAGGUGAUCUAUAAUAGCGAUAAAAUUUUGAGUCCUAAAUUUCUCUGAUGUUGUCAUUUCAGUCUCUUGAGAUGUUCCAUAAUCCAGUGGAGUCAGUCGAAUAUUCCGUAGUCAUUUUCUACGUGUCGAAUAGUCUUGAGUUCCGCUUACCAUCGCGCCUCGCGUCGCAUAUGUUUUGAAAUUGUCACGUCUUGACUGUAUAAAUUCUUUAAGUGAUCUACUCCUGAAUUAAGGGCAAUAUUUGGAUCUUGGAGAAUACGACUUGGACUGUUUGUUUUCUCUAAGAUUUCAUUCCAAAAUAUUGCAAAUAUUCCUGUUUACAGUAAGCAAGUCUACUUUAGUCUGAUUAUAAUCUUUUAACAAGUGCUUUUGCGGUAUCACUUCUGGAAAGCCAUCUAGUAGUAUUUACUGUUUUAGGAACAAUAAUAUUUCUGCCACGGUCUGCGUUGCUGUCGCUUAAAGAUGCAGCUUUUAAACAUUUGAUUAACAAGUUGUAUCUAUAUGUAGAGGAAGUGAAAAUACAUAUAGUUCUUCUAAGAAAUCAGAUAAUGCUGUAGCAGCAAAACAACACUCAGCUGCAGCUUUUGCAACUAAAUUUAGAGAGUGGACAGCACAAGUGUUUGUAUAAAACAAAAAUAAUUCUAUGUGAAUAAUUUGCUGAUAUUUUUUGCGUUUGAGGCUUUGUGGGGGCCCCGGGCAGCUGCCCAGCCUGCCACCCCUUAAAUCCGGCCCUGCCAACAUACAUAAGUUAAAUAAAUUCGAUAACUUUAAAUCAACACAAAAUUGCAUUUUUAAAUCUUAGGUCUCUUGACAAGAUUUGAUUACUGACUUUAGUUCUCGAAUGCAAACAUUUGUGUAAUGUGGUUUGCCUAACCACCUCCACUGACAAUAUACGUGAAUACGGUUUUAACUACAACAUCUAGUUUACUGAAUUUUAAAUGAUUAUUUUUCACAAUGGAGGGAGUGUUGUUACAUCAUUUCUAAUUUUAACUAGCUGUACACCAUAGUCUUUAAAUACGACAGGUUAAUUUUUCAACUUCCUGUGGAACUGUCAAUUCUGUCAUGUCAUCGUUCGGAAGUCUCUAUCCAUUUCAUUGUCACUUGCUGCCAUACUUUCACCAUGUGAACAAGUCAAACCACAGCUCAGAUGUUACCUGGGGCAUACUAGUAAAAUACUUUAAACAUCCAUCCUUAAGUUAGCAUUUUCAACCAAUGUUUCCUUGACGGAUUACUCGUACAGGUCUUUGACCCACAUAUUUUUGUAAAAUUAUAUCUUGGUGGUUAGCAUGUAAAUUUCACGUGGGUAUAACCUACAACUUUUCUUAACCGUAGUCAAAAUUUCAAAAUCUUUGCAUUAUUUUACCAGGUUAUAUUCAUUUUAGGUAAGCACUGAUGAUGAUUGGUAAACCAAUCGAAAACUAGUUAUGUGAUUGUGAUGUAGCCCUUUUUAGGGAUUUUAAAUAUAUACCUUUUAUAAAGGAUUUUACUGUUUUUUGUAUUACAUGGUAUACAGCCAACUAUAGGAAAACUUUUUCCUUGUGGAUUUUUAAAAAUUUUUCGUUUGUGCUAAUUUGAACUUGGCGGUUGAAUGCAGUCCACUUAAGAAUCCAUUGCUCUCUAGUAAUUAUACGUAUCGAUUCGCCGCACUAAUAACACUCCUCGUAAACAACAUUGCUUUAGUGUGCAACAAAAAUAUGGUAAAAAUGUUAAAACACUGCUAUCGAAUAAUUAUAGAUGUAGACGGCUUCGAAGAAAAACAAAUUAUAUAAAAAAGCAAACUUAAAAAGAGUGCCAUAAGAGAAGUAGAUUGUGAUAUAAGUUUUUUUUUCUCUCCUUUUUUAUUUUAUUGUUAAAGAUAUAUAUUUUUAUAUAAUGCUCAAACAUAUUCGCUGUCAAAAUGAAUAUGAUCCUUUAAAGUCGAGUUUAUUUCAGAAAUUGAAUUUUUAUAGUUUUAGUAAGGCUAAAGUAAGAUUUUUUGUUAAGUAAGUGUAUUAACUAUUAAAAGACCUGUUUAUAAUACAUAA